AUGUUUCCAAGACUCGUCAGUCGGCGGUACUACUCCGACUUUAUUAAGAGCCUACCUCGUGUAGGGGGCGAUGGUGGAUCGAAAGGGAAUAGAUUUGCAAAUCAAUACAAAGCAAGUGAAUCAGAAAAGCCUAGAACCAAAAAUUGGGGAAAUUUUCAGAAUCAAAAAACCAGAUCUCCUCCUAAAUCCGGUGCUCGAGCGACUCAGGGUGAGCCAGAUAAGACAAAACUGUAUAAUGAGGCGCGUGAAGCGCUAAGAGAAAAGCAGCGGCAGCAAAUGCCUAUAAAAAAGUCACAGAAUAGCACUAUAAAACGACCUUCAAAGCCUAAACCACAAGUCGCAAAAAUCAAGAUUCAAAUUCCCACUUUUGUAACAGUGUCGAAUCUCGCUACAGUUCUUGGUGUUCCACUCAACGAUUUCUUAAAGAAACUCCAGGAUCUUGGGUUUGAAAACAUGAGGCACAAUUUCAUUCUUGACAAGGAAAACGCAGCAUUGAUAGCCGAUGACUAUGGCUUUGACAUCAUAAUGAACGACGAAACCGGUGCAGAUCUCUUUCCUGUGGACGUAAAAGAGAAUUUGCUUCGUCCUCGUGCACCUGUGGUGACUAUUAUGGGACAUGUAGAUCAUGGAAAGACAACUAUUCUUGACUAUUUGCGCAAAUCGUCCAUUGUCAAGCAAGAACAUGGAGGUAUUACUCAGCAUAUAGGAGCGUUUUCUGUCAUAACCCCCAUUUCCAAAAAGAAAAUCACCUUUCUCGAUACUCCAGGGCAUGCGGCCUUUCUCAAGAUGCGAGAAAGAGGUGCAAUUGUCACUGAUAUUGUUAUCUUGGUAGUUGCAGCCGAUGACUCGGUGAUGCCGCAAACGGUCGAGGCGAUCAAGCACGCUCAGAAAUCUGGAGUUCCAAUGGUUGUUGCUGUCAACAAGUGUGACAAGCCUGGUGUGAACGUGGAUAAAGUACUUGCUGAUCUUUCUAGCCAUGGCAUUGACGUAGAAGACUAUGGUGGUGAGACACAGACGGUUCGAGUUUCUGGCAAGACCGGACUCAAUAUGGAAAAGCUAGAGGAAGCAGUGAUCACUUUGAGUGAGAUGAACGACUUCAAAGCAGAAGUGGAGCAGGUGCCUGCUGAAGGCUGGGUGAUCGAGUCGCAUGUAGCCAAAGGGAUGGGCAAUGUAGCUACGGCUCUUGUUCGUCGUGGAACCAUGAAAGUUGGCAGUUUUGUCGUUGCGGGAACAAGCUACUGUAAAAUCAGAGGCAUGAAAGAUGAGAAUGGAAAAGUGGUCAAGGCAGCAGGUCCUUCUACUCCAGUGCAAAUAUGGGGCUGGAAAGAUCUUCCAGAGGCAGGAGACCAGAUGCUCCAAGCGCCAACCGAGCAAAUGGCUAAGAAAGUUUGUGAAAAUCGUAUUGCUCGUCAGAAGCAAAUCCAGGCAGGUAAGGACAUUGAUACUAUCAACCAGAAGAGAAUGGAAGAGAUCAAGGAGCUCGAGCGACAAGAGAGAGCCAAUGAGUUGAAACUCGCUGGUUUGGAGCCAACGAUCGAAGAGGAGAAAAAGGCGGUUCUGGUCAAGUAUAUCAUCAGAAGUGACGUUUUUGGGUCUGCUGAAGCCAUCAAGGAAUGCAUUGAUGGUUUGGGAAACGAAGAAGUGCGAGCUGUGGUGGUUUCCCAUGAGGCUGGUUUGCCAUCCGAGUCUGAUGUUGAACUAGCCAAAGCACUUGAUGCUACAAUAUUAUGCUUCAAUAUGAAGACACCAAAGCAAAUUCUGGCCAAAGCAGAUAGAGCGGGUGUUGCUAUUCAAGAACACAAUGUCAUCUAUCACUUGAUUGAACAAGUCACCGAGAAAUUGACGUCGCUUCUUCCACCUCGAAUCGAAGUGAAAAUUGUAGCGGAAGUUGAAAUCAAAGAUGUGUUUACCAUCACCUCCAAAUCCAAAAGCAAGCUCAAAAUUGCCGGAUGCAAGGUCACAACCGGUCUACUUAAGAGAUCGUCAAAAGUUAGAGUCAUAAGAGGUGGAAAACUGAUCUAUACCGGAACCUUAUCGUCGCUCAAGCAUGUCAAAGAUGAUAUCUCCGAAGCGAAAAAAGGAAACGAAUGUGGUAUUGGGUUCGACGGGUGGGACAAGUUCCAGCAGGGGGACCGUAUAGAGGCUUACGAAGAAAUAACCCACCAGAGAUACUUAUAG